AUGGGCAGCGUGCAGGCUCUGGUGCCAUUGAACUUGUACGAAUGCCUGCAGCUGUACAGUGCACUAACUAACUCUGGUGUUGGCUCUCUGUUGUGUAGCAACUCUAGCAGUUCUACCUCCAACUCCACUACCAACUCCACCACACCGUCGGGUACGGAGCCGUCCAAAGUGAGCCUCAUCAACACAGUAGGUGCUUCCAGCAAGAUUGUCCAUCCUCAGGAAGAUAUAUCUCUGGAAGAGUUCAGAUCCAGACAACCCAAGUACAAGGCCCCCGAACCGGUGGUAACCAGUCCCAAGGUGGAGGUGGUACAGUCUCAAGCCACACCCCCUGCCACAUCCACCCCCUCGUCUGUGGCACAAGCGGCAGUAGAGGUUAGUUUCUUGCACGACUUGCACCCUCAUAUGGAUCGCAGACCGAUGCUAGCCAGGUUCCCGAUGGCGAUGCCGGUGUCUGUGGCCAGCAUGAUGCAAGGGCCCCCCACCAUGCUACCAGGUCCCAUGCUGCGACCAGGCCCCAUGCCCUUAGCCGGGCCCCACCUCAAUAUGGGUAUGAUGAGGCCCCCCCACAUGGGGAUACACCCAGGUCUGAUCGGAGCGCUGCCGCCGGGGGGCAUGAUGCCGUACGGGGGCCCCCCGAUGGCAUUCCCGGGGCCCCCGAUGCUCCCCAUGAUGCACCACCGCUUCAGAUGAUCCCAAGGUAUUCCGGGGGGCCUAUGGCUGUUAUGGCCUGACCCAUAGCAUGGGUGUCUUACCGUUUGAGUGUUAGUGCACCUCUAUCUAUCGGCAGCCUACAAGUCCCAUAGUCACCCCGGGGCUAAACAGAAAACAUCUGAACUCGGCUCUACUCAGCUUCUCAAUUUUAAAUUUAAAGUCACUUUUAUUGUGCAAACCGUACCUUAAUGGAUUUUAUCUGAAAUGUAAAACCACAAUAGCGGGGAUCUCCUACAAUCGUGAGUCACACUCCAUACUUCCUUCGUUCGUAAAACAACCAUGGAUUUGUAUUUCAAUAGUUGUUACUUAUUUAGUUAAACGAAUCCCGUGGUGAAGCCAUGAAAUAUUGUUCACAGUUUUCAAUGUAAAUUUUCAGCAGUUGAAUAUCUUUUUUUAAAUUUAUAUUUAUUAAUUUAAAAAUGGAACUCAUAAAUUUAAUUAAGGUCUUACUGAUAGAAUUUGAUACAGCGAAGUAGUGAGCAGAAAACAAAGAGCAUGUUAGCUAAGGUUUAUUUACUAAAACAAUAAGGCAUAGUGGAAGUAAAUAUUAUAAGGGGUAAGGUUGAUGGGUUUCACUGAAACUGGUGGAACCAAGUGGCAUGGAGACAACAGAUGGUUUCUGCGAGCCUACUGGUUGGGAAUGGUGUUCUGUUAGUCUGUGCUUAGACCAUUCCUCUUGUCCACAUACAUUCAUCCUGUCCGAGAGGUAAGCUGCUCGCUCGAUGGAUGCUCCUUCAAAAACACGAAACAUUUGAGACAAUCGCAGUCGCGUGUGUCGUUUGGAAAAAAUGUGUGACUUUUACCUCAUGGUGAUUAUAUUUGUUAAUUUUCAAAUGUUCGGGCAAAAACUAAUUGAAACGAAAUUGAAAAUUAUUAUUAUAACAUUUGUUUUGUUUUGUCAUUUGCUGAAUUGUUUUCUUUUAGAUUUUUAGUGGUGAAGUUCACGUACUUUAGCAGUUAUUCUCCCCAAGAGAGUAUUGGUUGGAUAUCAGUUUUCUUUCAAAAGCUCAAUACGUUUUUGCACAAAUUCUUUUCAUUGUUUUAAUAAAAUUAAUAGAAGUUGAUUGUUGUAGAUUUUUCUGAAAACUAUUAUUGUUAGUUUAAUAAAUACUGUAUGAACGUAAUACAAAAAGGUUACUCUAUUAUUAUUGUGGAUAAAAUAUGAUCUCUUUAAGUUGAUUUCACAUUCACUGAUAGUAACAUUACUAUAGCAAUAUGUUGCAUGAAUUCUCAAGAAUAUUUUCAUAUUGUUGUUUGUUUCUUUUAUUGCGUCUUGUUAAAUUUUUAUUCAAACUGUUUAAUAACAAAGAAAUCCACAUUGAUUUCAGAGUUUAUUUAAACCCACAGUAGUCCCAAGUUGUGUUAUCUCGCGAGAACGAGAGGCUGGGCCCACUGUGUGGAAAGCCAUUUACCGCAUUUCCGUUGUGUUUUAUUUAAUGUUUGAAAUAUAGUCGUAUAUUAACCUGAGACAAGUCUAACCUUUAUUAUUAUCGAUUAAAGUAGUUCUUUGGAUUGUAUUUUGGUAGUGGACGUUGGUUCUAGUAGGUGAUUUAGACGAUUUGGAGUAGCAUCUUGGAGCGUAUCCACUUUGGUGAAAUCUUGUCACAUUGGUGAUAUUUGUGUUGAAAGCCGGUAAGUGGAAUUGUUAUUUUGUAAACUGGCUUGCACAAGAAGUCUUCACACGUGUUGUGGCUCUCGGUAACUGUGCUUUCACAUCCGAUUUCGGGAUCAGGCAUCUACAAGGAAGUCUUACUAGUGUUAUUUUUGUUUUUGAGGAUUAAAAUUUGUAAUGGCUAUUUUUGGCGGUGUUUUAAAGACUUGAGUUGCAAAACAUGAUUAGAAUUAUUAUUAACACGCUUUUUUCGUGGCCUUGGAUUAUUGAUUUGGUGAUAUUUUCUAUAAUACUAAUAAACGAGUAUGUAUUAUAUAAAUAAGGUUUUUUGUGGUGAGGAAAGCAUUUAGCUUUAACAUAGGGAUAGGAUUUUAUUUCUCUGUUUAUAUAAAUUUCAGAAGAAUUGUUUAAACUCAUCCCAAAAACAAGUCUAUCUGGUAUUCAGGAACUAAGAACAUUUUUAUAAGCAUGCGAUAUAACAGUGUUUGUACAAUCUCUUAUAAUAUGUGCUGAGUACCUGUCUUACGUCAUGUUAAAGUUCGUUGGUCGUACAUAAUCUAUUUAUGUACACCAUUGAACACAAAUUUUCUGUACACGUCAACAAAUGUUUGUGUAUUACACUUUCAAAAUAAGCAUGAAGUCACAAAAUAAAUACUUAAAUCAAUUAAUUUUUUUAUUGCUGCCUCACAAAAGCCUGUUGCAGAUAGUAGAAAUUUGUUUGGAUAAAGUAGGUCCUCACUUUAAUUUUAAUUUUAACAGUAUUGUCAAAUAAUUAAAAAGUUUGGGUUUAUAAUAAUCAUCAUCAUCUUAAAAAAAGAAACACCAUCCUAAAUUUCCCAGCCAUUACAAUUUUAUGUAGAAUUUAAUUAUAUACAAUAAUUUUAAUUACGUUUCUGGUCUUUAUUGAAGUCUUUUAAAUUUUAAUUAACUCUCUGACCAUUUUUUACGUGUUAACUUUCCAAACUGUUGUAGUAAAUUGUGAUUGGAUGACACAUUGGUGAGAUAUAUCUCACGGUUACCGAGCGCCACAGCAUCAUCUGCAGGUUUGGAUACACAAAUCAGUCACAAUUAAUUAACAAGCUACUGACUGUAAAACCGUAAUAUCUACAAUAUGAAUGUUACAAUUUUAAGGCAAUGAAGUUAAAUUUGAGAAUAUGUUUUCUUAAUCUAGCCCUGGCUUUAACUGUUGUCCAUGCAUUGUGAAUUUGUCUACACCUUUUCAUAUUUUAUUGUAAUAAAUAGAUUGUUGUUCCCUA